GCUUGCAUUAUAUUCUACGCAGUACAACUAUGAGAAGGAAAGACGGAGACAUUUCACAACAAAAUAUACGGAGGGGAAAGAACGUUUUUGGGAAAGAGGUUUGGACAAAUAGGUAACAAUUUGAAGGCUUUGGAAAAAAGUAAGAACAACACGUAGAAUACUCGGCGCCAAAAAAACAGCAAACUGAUAGUAAACAAUUAAGUAAGACAGACACGUACUAUAAAAUCUAAAAUUUGCCCUCAAACUAGGGUAUUGGUAACAUUUUAUUUAAACUGUAAAAGCUAUGUUAAAAUUAAGUGCAUCAUGAAGGACGAGAUCGCAGCAGCAGUUGUAUUCAUCAGUCGCCUACUCGAGUCAAACAAGCAGUUGUCACCAGAAAAGGCUCAAGAAUUUUCUGCAAAACUCUCAGACAUUUUGGGAGAGAAAUUCAAGAAUCAUUGGUACCAGGAUAAACCUACAAAAGGCCAGGCAUUCCGAUGCAUUAGAGUCAAUGAGACAGAACCCAGGGACCCUGUGUUGGAGAAAGCAGCAUCCGAGUCUGGACUGAAGUAUGAAGAGUUGAACCUUCCUCUGGAGUUGACUUUGUGGGUAGACCCCCAUGAAGUUGCCUGCAGGUUUGGUGAGAGCCACAAUUCCUACUGCACGGUGGCCUCUUUCAAGGGGGACAGCAAAGAAAACAAUGCCAACACAAUCAACAUAGAGGCCAUGGUGGAGAAGACACAGAAGCACAUGGCUGGCAGCGGGAGCAAGCAGGGACCCUUCAAGACCUUCCGCACCAACAAAAAGGGCAGCCAUUUCCAACACCAUCUUCAGAACAACUCCAAGAACAAUAGCAACUACCAGUUGAGUAGCUUUAACAUUCAACAACAGCCAUUCUACAGCCAACAUAACACCAAACCCAAGCAUCAGCAGCACUAUCAGAAGGGGUCAGGGGACCACCAGCAACAAGGUCAAGGUCAUUUGAAGCACCAGCAUCAGGCUUCCCUUCGUCCCUCCAAACCAUUCCACUCCAAGGUCGGCCACUCUUCAGGAUUUAAUGCGCGGAAACAGGACAAGUUCCAUUGGGUUAGAGGAGCAGAUUUGGUUAAAGCAUAAUGGUGUAUAAGAAUUGAGACAUGCCAUGCUUUAUUAUAUCUAAAUAUUGAUAUUACCUGGAACAAUUGGACUGCGUACAAUGGACUAGAUGUGCAACGGACACAAAGGGGACAGAUAUUUGCUUCCUGGAUUUCACUUCCCCUCUUUUUCUAGAUAUGACACACUGACUUCCAUGUGCUGUACUACUUUUGCCUUUAAAUUGUGCCAAGGUUUGACUAGAAGAUCUCAAAAGAAGAAACUGUUGAAAAACUCUUCAUCCACCAGAACCUAAUGAGUUAGGUGCUUGGCCUAAAGAAAAUACUCCUUUCCUGGCCAGACAUGGUGUUUAGUGACUUCCAAGUUAAAUGAACAAGAAUAGAUAACAAUAGCUAUUGACUCCAGCAUCUUCCUGGAAACUUGGUCUCUGUGAGACUUUACCUCUGUGGCAGGAUAACAGAGAGAGAGAGAGGCAGAGAAAUGUGCCUAUCUGCAUUUCUUCAGCAAGAUUGUGGAGUUUGAUUGUAUCAGGGAAAUUUUACACUUGAUCUCAGUACUUUGCACAUAGUUAAGUUUGUUUGUGUGUGUUUUCUGUUAAAAUUCAGUCACUGGGCAGCAUUGGACAGAUGGCACUGGAAAGUGAAAUAAACAUCAUUGUAGUAUUAUUGGUAACACAUUGUAUUCUGUCAAGCACUUACUUAUGGAUCUUAGGGAAUUUUUUCUUUUGCAUGGAGACAAAUGUACUCUGUCAAAUCUUACAACUUGCAGUUAAUGGCCAAUUUAACAACUGUUUAUUCAUUUCUCACUUGAGAAGGCUGCACACCAUGAAGCAUAGCAGUAAUACUUGUUACAUUACCAAAUACAAGGAUCACAAGUUUAGAUUGAACUUGAUAAUUUUUAUAGUAUCUUCCACAACAUUUUAAUUCAACCCAGUCACAUUAGUGAUAGUUUGUCACAUUUGGGUUUGGCUUCAGCAGGUCAGGGAAUUUCAGACAGGUGUCAUUUCCAAUGAAAAAAUAACUAAGAAAUAAUCUCAUGACCGAGUUGACUCUCUCUGGAUAGGAUUACUAUUAUUAUUUUUAUUUUGAAAUAAGGUUAAAUAAGGGCUCUGAAGACUGUGAUUUAUUGUAUGAUUUUUUGCCAUCUUUUGUGAUACUUUGGAAUGCCAACAUUUAACCGGUGAGAUUUGUGUAAAAAGCACUUGGCUUGUUUUGCACCAGUUAGCUUCUGUAACACUUGAUGAAGUUGUGGGACAACAGUUUUUUUUUCAGUUUUUGGCAAAUGAAUGGUCGCUCUUUGUGUUUGUAGCACAUCUGGACACCCCGUGUGUGUGGCUUAUAGGCAACUUUUUUGUAUUGGACAGAAAGUAAGCUGAAUACUCGGGGUUAUGGGUUUAAGACGAGAUUAGGGUUAAGCCAGUUGAAUUAUGUAAUCAGUGUUGUUGCUAAUCAUUCAGAUUCUCAGAUUAAUUUAUUGUCAUUUUUACAGUAAUUGAGAAUUUAAUUUUUCUCUAGCACAAGCUUUCAGCAUUUUAAUGUGUAUUGAAUCUGACAACAUUUUCUCAGUUUUUCACAAAGAACUUGUUUCAUAUUGUUUGUAUAAUGUAUUUUUUUGCUCUAAAAUUGUGAAUAGUGUACAAAAUCUUUUGGACCAUGUAGCUGUAGUGUACAUUUGCACAAUGCCAUGUAUUGUUUUGUACAGAAGGGAGGUUGCAGUUGUAACAUAGUACAUUUAUUAUUGAUACAGAAAAUAUGUUAGUAUUUACCUGUGUCCCAUUUUCCAAUGAGUUAAAGGAAUGUAUACCAUAUUAAAAUGGGUUCAUCAGAUGUAAAACCUGCAGUUUCAUUCACACAGCCUUACUUCAAUUUCAAGAAAAUAAAUUUUGUUAUACCAUAGAAAGUACCAUCAUGUCAGCUAUUGCCAUAUUGUAAAGCUACCAGCAUUGGACGUGUAUUUCAAAUGCCUUAUGUUGUUUUGAAGGCAAAAACGUCCAUAUCAUAUGUAAGUGCCUCGCCUAUUUUUGAUGGGAAAAUACGGCCAUGUGGUGAAUCACUUCAUUCAAGAUCAUUGCAGUUCACUGUACAUAGACAGCAACUUUCCCUUAAGAGGAUUGUACAUAUCAAUACAAGGUACUCCUACUUUGAUUUUGUUCCUAAAGAUAAACUAUAUGUGAAAAUGACAUAAUUUUGUAAGGAGUUGAUUGUACUCUAGUGUAUCACAUGGUUUCAGCAAUUUGCAGUAUAUCAUAUGUGUAUAAUUUAACUCUACAGAUGGAUAGGAAACGGGCAACUUUAGGUCACUUAUUGCACUGGGUAUCUAUAUUAUAAGCUAUCAAAAGAAACUAGAUGCUAGACAACACUUCACUGGGGUAGGGGACAUUAAAUUUGCUAAUAUUGAAACAACAUUGUUUCUUUGUUGGUCAGGUCAUUGUAGUAGAAAUAGAUGAUGUACGUCUAGAUGUGUAGUGAUAAGUUUGUGGUCAUCUUGAUGGACACUUGCUGAUAGUGAACAUCGUUCACCCUGUCCUCUGUUAUCUGAUUUCAUGUGCAUUAUCACUGGCUCAUUAAUGAUGCUUAUAUGUAGAAUAUAUGGAGAGACAUCCAUUUUACAAUUUUAUCAGAUUUUUAUUUAUGGAUUUGCCAAUAGAAGGUUAUUAAAUUGACUGGACAUUAUUUUCGUUAUGAUAUGGAAAACAUGUUUGAAACUGAGAAAAUUGAGAGGAAUUUUUUUUUUUGUUUAAUUUGUAGAAUAAGAGAGAAACGAUUUUUAAAUGCAUGAUAUGCAGACUGCUAGAAAUGUGAAACAUAUUGAGCACUGCAGGGCUGAUUAUGGUGACUUAGAUAAAUAAUUGUUUCAAUUUUAACUAACCAUAAAAUUAACAGUGUACAUUUACAAUACCAUGGUUUCACACAAACUAAAGUUUGUUAUUCAGAGCAGGUGGUUUCAUGCAUUCCUGCAUUUAGAUCUUGUGAUCUCCUUGGGUGUUAUUCCAUUAACAUGAGACAGAAUGGUUUGAAGUUUCUUAUUAAUAUUUAGAGAUACUAUAAUUUUCAUGCACAAAAUAUAUGUAUAACUGGAUUUAUGUUUAUAGUAAGAUAUGGUUAUGUAAUUGCUUUGGUUGUUGUAUCCACUGUGAAUUUGCCAAACCAUGAAAGGGGACAUGUAACACAUUAGCUCACGCUUUCUUGGUAGAAGUUUAAGUAGGCUUUGACUACCUUAGCUCUUGAGUGGACCAUUACCAUUUCAUAGGUAAUUUUGAAGGCACAGGCUUGUGUUUUAGAUAUAUAACAUUUGCUCUGGCACUGGUAAUUAUAUAAUAUAAAGGAUUUGGGCUGAUUAUGGAACAUGAGCUUUUCAUUUAGUAAUUUUAAACAAUUGUAUUGUGGUGCUCCAGCUGAACAGGUUUAUUAAGUCAGGUUUGUGUGGUUUGGAAUGGGGCUUGUCUUUAUUGAGGAAUCAAGUGCUGCCAUCUGUUUAUGUGACAGUAGGUAUAAAGAGAGGGUUUUCUCUUUUGGUAAAGUUUUAUGACUACUCAAGGGGUGGAUAGGAUGUGACCAUUUGUAGAUACAAACAAAUGAUGAUUGAAAUGAGGACAAAUUUAUAUAAAAAGACUUUCAGGACUAUAUGAUUGAAAUAAUUAUACUGUGGUGUUCAUAGAGAAUUUCUCAUUGCAACAAUUUCAGUCUAAGAAUGACUGCACCUCCAAUUGGAAUACACUCGCUGCCAUUAGAUUUUGCACUCUGGGCAAGAGCAUUUUUAUAUUGUGCUUAAUGGCCUUAAUUUAAAACUGAAGGCUAGGUAGAAAAAGUAUGACUAAGGAACAUGUAGACAACACAUAUGUCAACACAAUGCUUUGUAACAUAAAUUUGUACAGCAAUUGGUAGUUUUGUACUUUUGUAAUUGCCAAAGACCAAAUGGAAUCUCUUGACUGUAACUAUUUAUGAUAUGCAGUUAUUUAAUGAAAUGUGUAGCUUAAACAGUUAUCAAUGGAGCUGGGGGUUUUAUUAGCAGCUUCAGUAGAAAUUUGGUUUAUCUGUAUGAAAGACAUUUGGUAAAUGUCAUUAUCUUGAAAUCCAGUUUUGCAUCAGCUCCUGUAUUUUUCACUGCCCAAGAGGAGUGUUAUGUAGUAAGAUAUAACUAACUGAAAACUGUGGCAAUGUAGGUUCAAGGAUAACAACUUGUGUACCUCUAAGCUAGGGACGCUCCAUAAAUAGUACAUUUGCCCAGUUCUUGGCUUAUUGUCAAUGAUGGGCUGAAUGCUGUUGCUCUAGGACAUGUUACACCAGGGUUUUCCUCUUUUAUAAUGCGGUUCCAACUGCCAAUUUGCAAGUCUAUAUUGUUAAGAAUGGGGGGCCAAGAGGUGAAGUUUUGUUUGUAUAAAUAAUCACAAUUUUUGCCAUAUUAUUAGAAGGGGUGUUUUAGGGCAAGUUUCUAUUCACUUGUUUUUUUUAACCUGCAAAGUUGCAGUUUCAUGUUCUUUCGCAUGAGAUUUGAAUUGAAUGCAAACAAUUAGUUUUUGUUGAGAUAAUUUAAAAAUUUGCGGUAAUUUGUCUGAUGUUAUGCUGAAUAGCUUUUAAGUAACUAGCUUUUUGUGUUGGCAAGGUACAUAUCUAUAUUGUAGUAUAUGGUUUAGAAUAACAGUGUGGGAAUUUAACUGGUUUAAUAUUUUCACGUCUGUUGUAGUUGGCCAGACUGCCAUUGAAUGAUGCCUCGUCCAACAUAAAGCUACUUGGUGUCUGGUUGAUUAAUCAUAAAUGAAUUUUUAAGCAUUCAUGUGAGCUAGUGUUGUCACUGCUUUGUUACAUGUGUUCAUGAAUGAAUAAAGAUGUCUUAAUUCUAUUGCAACAUAAAGAAAA